UCUCUCUCUUUCUAUCUCUCUCUCUCUCUUUAUGGACUUCUCUCCGACCGGUCGCCGGAUGCGGGGAGCUCCGGCAAAGGCCGACAUCUACUCAACCGUCGUCGUCCACGACGACGAGAGCGAAGAACAACAAGAACCUCCCAGAGGCAAAGACAAAGGCAAAGGCAAAGGCAAAGGGAAAACCAAAGAAGAGGAAGACAUCUACGCCACAAUGUUGUAUAAGGACGAUCACAACAACGACGAAGACGAUCUCCCUCCCCUACUCAAACGCCUCCCCAAAGAUUUUGGAGCAAUUGACGGCGGUGAAGACGACGACGCCGGGAGCAUCUCCGGCACCGUGAUCGUGAAGACUGAUCGCGGUGGUAAUCGCAACAGAUCGUCCUCGUCGUCAUUCUCAGCGGGUUGGAGGCCGCGUAGUGCGCCGUUGGACUGGCAACGGGCCGCGACUCCGAGGACGAGGGUUCAGGAGGAGGAGGGGGCAGAUUUCUCAACGUUCGUCGUGAGAUCUACUGUGAGGAAUAGGGAUGACGAAAGGGAUGGUAGAGAGCGAGAGUCGGUUUCCUCGACGGUGGUGAGGAGGACGGGAGGCACGGGGGGAUCGGCGUCGACGACGACGACGACGACGAUGAGUAGGGCGGUGGCGAGUAUGCAAGCAAUGGGGGACUUGGGGUUUGAGAAGAAGCAGAAGAAGAGGAGCGAAGGAAGUAGUGUUGCUGCUUCUGGUUUCUCGGAUUAUCACGACGAAGGCAGGCAUGGACUAGCGAGUAAAGUCUCGUCAAGUUCCAUUCCGGACAGCGUUACCAGGGAAGAUCCUAGUUCCAAGUACGAAUUGCUUCACGAACUCGGGAAAGGUUCUUAUGGGGCAGUCUAUAAAGCUAGAGAUAUAAGGACUUCAGAAUUGGUGGCUAUUAAAGUUAUAUCAUUGUCUGAAGGGGAGGAGGGGUACGAAGAAAUACGAGGAGAAAUUGAGAUGUUGCAGCAAUGUAGUCAUCCAAAUGUUGUCCGCUACCUUGGGAGCUAUCAGGGAGACGAAUACCUCUGGAUUGUAAUGGAGUACUGUGGAGGUGGAAGUGUGGCAGACUUGAUGAAUGUUACGGAUGCGCCUUUAGAAGAAUACCAGUUAGCAUAUAUUUGUAGGGAAGCACUGAAGGGUCUGUCUUAUUUGCAUUCAAUCUUUAAAGUACAUAGAGAUAUUAAAGGUGGUAAUAUCUUGUUGACGGAACAAGGGGAGGUCAAAUUGGGUGAUUUUGGUGUUGCAGCCCAAUUGACAAGAACCAUGUCCAAGCGUAACACGUUCAUUGGCACUCCCCAUUGGAUGGCUCCAGAAGUUAUUCAGGAAAAUCGUUAUGAUGGAAAGGUGGAUGUGUGGGCACUAGGAGUGUCCGCAAUUGAAAUGGCAGAGGGUCUGCCUCCUAGAUCAACAGUGCAUCCAAUGAGGGUAUUGUUCAUGAUAUCCAUUGAACCAGCUCCAAUGCUUGAGGAUAAAGAGAAAUGGUCACUUUUGUUUCAUGACUUUAUUGCAAAGUGCCUCACAAAAGAUCCACGUCUACGUCCUACUGCAUCUGAGAUGCUAAAGCACAAAUUCAUUGAGAAAUGCCAAUCAGGGCCUUCCAUAAUGCUGCCCAAGAUUGAGAAGGCUAGGAAAAUUAGAGCCUCUAUGGUUUUGCAAGAACAAAAUAUUGAUACAGGGACCCUAAUGCCAGGAGAUGGAGCAUUGGGAGGUCCAAAUGUCAACGAAGAAUAUGGAGAUACUGUUCCAUCAAGGCCUCAUGAUGGACUUCAGCUUACCAGUAGAAUGUCAGUUGUGAGUGGUACAACACAAAAUCAGUUCAUUUCUGAUGCUGUGGAAUUGGCCGGAGAAGGAGAUUUUGGGACUGUAAUAGUUCAUGGAGUUGAGAAAGAUAAAGCAUCAACUGAAGCACCCACGCGCAAUGCAAUGGGAGCCUCACCAGGUCCUUGGAAUGUCGAAGCAGCCCCUUUCAGUGGCUCAGGAGAUAAAUCAAUUGACCCCUGGGAUCAAAAUGCAGUCAGGAUGGAUGCAGACAGCUUUCCGAUCAGAGAAUCUCAACCUAUUUCACAGACCAUUCAAGUCUCUCCUCCAGAAUCAAACUUUAACAUAAAUAGCGUUUCUCAAGCACAGACUGGAAAUGUUGGUGGUAUUGGCAAGAGCUCAUUUAAAAAUGAAACCGUUAGUAAGAAAGCAUUGGAUAAGCUUUGGUCAAUAUAUGCUGCUGGUAAUACAGUCCCCAUUCCAUUCUUGAGGGCAACUGAUAUAUCACCCAUUGCACUGUUAUCGGACAAUGUUCCUGGGGGAUGGCAGCGAGAUAAAGGUGGAUCCAUAGGUGUUGAAGCUGUGCAAGAACUUUUUACCAGUGAUGGGCAGUCCAAAAAGGGCAGAAGGGGACAGAAUGAGGUUCCCCUUCCUCCAAGUGUGUACCAAAGGCUCACAUCAAGUUCUACGCUGCUGAAUCUCACCCAGGCUUUGGCCUACCACAGAAUGUGUUAUGAAGAGAUGCCACUUCAGGAAGUGCAAGCGGUGCAAGAGCAACAAACCAUUCAAAACCUUUGUGAUACAAUUCGAACUAUUCUACGAUUGUAGAUAUGUAGUAGUGGACCUCAUGCUCGAUUGCUGUACAUUAGCAUUGCUCUCAUUUUUGCUCACAUUUUAUCUUGUAUGUAGUGUUGUGUAAUUUAUUUUAGUAUGUUAAAUGCUGAUAUAAAUUUUGUAGAUCUUUGACAAUUUGGCAAGGCAUUAGGAUAUGGCUAGUUGCUUUGUCUUUACACAAUCUUGCUCUUCUGUUUGGUUGUGAGCUUCUCUUGGUGUUAAGUUGGCCCUUCACACUUCCCCUUAUGCUGGUUUUUUUGCCAC